GUCAUUGGCCAGCGUACGUGUCAAUACACAGAAAGUUACCUGCAACACAAUGCAUACACAGAUGAUCGUCACGUCUUGCCUUUUGUCUGCAGGACUUGCAAUUUUAUUGUUUGUCAUUACCAGCGAGGGAAAGAUCAGCGCUGAGCCUAACCAUAAUGGUCGUCAGGAAAAGGUUGAGAAAGUGAUCAACAGGGAAAGAAGAGACAAGAAUCGAAAUCGUAGGGCGGUCGUCCGCUUGCCAUGGUCUGCGUGGAAGGACUGUUCUCACAAAUGCGGUCCAUUUGGAUCCAGAAAAAGGGAGAGAAUGUGCGAAUUCACUGACCUCGUUGUACUCUGCGAUCGCCAAGAAGGACAUUGCAACAGGGACGUAUCCUGUCCGGUUCACGGUGUAUGGAGUGAAUGGACGAAGCAGCCGUGCUCGAAAUCAUGUGGAGGCGGAUUUCGCAUUGUCACGCGGCAAUGCGACAACCCAGCACCACAACACGGUGGCGAUAACUGUUAUGGAAUCCCAAACAAAUUCGAGCAAUGCAACACAGAAUGCUGUCCAGUACAUGGCACAUGGAGCGCAUACACGAGUUGGGCACGGUGUGAAGUGACAUGUGGAGGUGGCAGACGAAUUCGAAAUAGAAAGUGCGACAAUCCUCCACCGUCGUGCAAUGGGCGCAGUUGCAGUGGGUUUGACAUAGACACAGCAGACUGCUCUCCCAAGGAAUGCCCUGUGGACGGGGCUUGGAGUACCUGGUCAGAAGGAGUCUGUACUAGACCUUGCAAUGGGGGUCAUAAGCAAAAGUUCCGUAAGUGUGAUGAACCGAGACCUAGAGGUACAGGCGCAAACUGUCCUGGACUUGAAGCGGAAAUUGUACCAUGCAACGAUCAACCUUGUCCUGUUAACGGAGACUGGAGCUUUUGGGGCUCAUGGAGUACUACAUGUCCUGCUUGUGGUAAAGGCUACUACAAAAAUCGAACUAGAUCGUGUGACGAUCCUCCUCCCCAAAACGGUGGUCUCAUUUGCCCUGGACCAAAUUCAGAAGCGGCUCCGUGCUCAAUUUCUAAAUGCCCAGUAAACGGCGGAUGGAGUGCUUGGACUGCCUAUACUGAUUGUCCAAGAUCUUGUGGUGGCUCUCGAUACCAGCGAACCAGAAAAUGCGAUAAUCCACCACCAAAUUUUAAUGGUCUUCCUUGUCCAGGAGAUUACAUUGAAUCCACGCAGUGCAACACUCAGGAAUGUCCAGUGAAUGGUGAAUGGAGCUACUGGACGGAAUGGAGUCACUGCUCUACAACGUGUGACAGAGGCGGAAGAAAUCGUUCGCGUGUAUGUAACGAUCCUGCACCGAGGUACAACGGAACGGAGUGCCCAGGUCCAGCAACAGAAUGGGCACCUUGCCCAGGUGACAGGAAUUGCCCAGUGGACGGUGGAUGGAGUCCGUGGUCAGUGUUUUCUCCUUGCACGGCGAGCUGCGAAGGUGGCACAAGGGAAAGUUUCCGUGAAUGCAACAGUCCCCGACCUCGUUAUGAUGGUCUCUUCUGUGGUGGACACGCUCGAAGAACUUGCGAAUGCAACAAACAACAAUGUCCUGUCGACGGAGGAUGGACGUGGUGGAGUGUCUGGUCUCCCUGCUCAUCAACAUGCGAAGGAGGAAAGCAGAACAGAACCAGAGAAUGCACCAAUCCUCUGCCAAGACACGGAGGACUUUGCUGUCAAGGUCCAGAAGUAGAUGUCCAAACGUGUGCCCAUGUCCAAUGCCCAGUUGACGGCAACUGGGGACAAUGGACUACGUGGUCUGAGUGCAGCGAAGCCUGUGAGACCGGCAGGCGUUUUCGAAAUAGAUUGUGCAACAAUCCAGCACCUGAUUUUGGAGGCAAACCAUGUAAUGACCCGUCCACUGCGCUGGAAGAAGAGCUGUGUAACACACACAAUUGCCCAGUGAACGGAAAUUGGGGUGCGUGGACAGAAUAUACAUUCUGCAGUAAAACUUGCGAUACCGGAUCACAAGGAAGAACUAGAGAGUGCAACAAUCCCGCUCCAAAAUAUGACGGCGCAGACUGCAGUGGCAACGAAGCCGAAUCAAGGCUCUGCAAUAAAUUCGAAUGCCCGGUGCCCGGCUUUUACACUACGUGGACGUCAUGGGCUCAAUGCUCUAGAACGUGCGGAAGAGGUACUACUGAGCGAACACGACAUUGCAAUCCUCCGCUGCAUGGAGGAACUCCUUGUCUGGCUACUGGCCUUCCUCAAGAGUCAAAAAGUUGCUGUGUCCGGCCUUGCCAGGGUCCUACGCCGUACACAGUCUACACGUUGAUUUCAUCUCAAGAAGUAAUUAGGCAAAGGUAUACUACUUCGUGCGGGUUUCUCGGUUUCGGUCGAUGUUCAAGAACCAGGACUAUUUACUCCCGAACCUAUAGGAGUCAAGGAUCAACUCUGUACAAGACCGCCGUCACAGAAGGCUGCUGAGUAGGAGGAACCGCAGAGAAUAAAUUGUCGUGACUGCAGACUUUAGGGCAGUGAGUUGCACUGUGUCGUACAUGUGUGAAUUGCCGGUGUUAGUAAAAGAUACCGUUCAGUGUAAAUGUCGGCGCGCACUAACGCAUUCAGCCGCUGGUAACCUAAAUGCCUUCCAGUGAAAUGGUGUCAAACUUAGCACAUGAUA